UUUCAGUGGUACCUUCCGGCCUGGACGACCGUAUUUCCCGUGCUGCACCGCGGCCUCCUCUUUCUCUUCCGGCCCCACGCGCUUCGGGAGCCGCCGGCUUCGGUGCAGAGAUGGCCAAGUCCAAGAACCACACCACGCACAACCAGUCCCGAAAAUGGCACAGAAACGGCAUCAAGAAACCCAGAUCACAGAGAUACGAAUCUCUUAAGGGGGUAGACCCCAAGUUCCUAAGGAACAUGCGCUUUGCCAAGAAGCACAACAAGAAGGGCCUGAAGAAGAUGCAGGCCAACAACGCCAAGGCCAUGAGCGCACGUGCUGAGGCUAUCAAGGCCCUGGUCAAGCCCAAGGAGGUCAAGCCCAAGAUCCCAAAGGGCGGCAGCCGAAAGCUCAGUCGACUUGCCUACAUUGCUCACCCCAAGCUUGGGAAGCAUGCUCGUGCCCGCAUCGCCAAGGGCCUCAGGCUCUGCCGGCCAAAGUCCAAGGCCAAGGCUCAGACCAAGCCCCAGGCUUCAGGUGCAGCUGCAGCUCCAGCUCAGGCUCCUGCUUCCAAAGGUGCCCAGGCCCCUGCUCCCAAGGGUGCCCAGGCCCCCGCUCCCAAGGGUGCCCAGGCCCCCGCUCCCAAGGGUGCCCAGACCACCACAAAGUCUCCACAAUAGAGGCUUCUGUCUGCCGACGUGAGGACGGAAGGACUGAUGUGCCCCCUGGGCUGCUGUCUACAUGGAGCUGGUACCCUCCUGUGCUAUCUGUACGAAUAAAUCUGAGGCAGGAUCUGUCCGUCAGCCUGUGUCCUGAUC